GGGGGGGAGCAGGCGCGGCUGGGGCGGCUCGGGCGGGCGGGCGCAGCGGAGCCGGAACGGGGGAGAUGGCGUCUCAGCCGCCGCCUCCCAAGCCCUGGGAGAACCGGCGCCUGGCGGGAACCGCGGCCCUGGCCUUCCAGUCUGCUGAUUUGGGUGCCAGCCUGCUGACCAGGCCUGGACAACCCACACGAGUACCUCCGCCUAUUUUGCCACGACCAUCACAGCAGGCAGGGAACAGUAGCCUGAGCAAUUUCAGACCUGCGUACAGCAGUUCCUUUUCUCCAGGCUAUGGCACAUAUGGAAACUCCUUUUAUGGAAACUACAGCCCUUACAGUUAUGGAUAUGGUGGUAUGGGCUAUAACCGGUUUCGUACAGACGAUCUACCUCCCAGCAGAUUUGUUCAGCAGGCUGAAGAGAGCAGCAGAGGUGCAUUUCAAUCCAUUGAAAGUAUUGUGCAUGCAUUUGCCUCAGUCAGUAUGAUGAUGGAUGCGACCUUUUCAGCUGUUUAUAACAGUUUCAGGGCUGUGUUGGAUGUAGCCAAUCACUUCUCCCGACUCAAAAUACACUUCACAAAAGUGUUUUCAGCUUUUGCAUUAGUCAGAACUAUAAGAUACCUCUACAAACGGCUGCAGCGGCUGCUGGGUCUGCGGAAGAGCUCUGAGAAUGAGGAUUUGUGGGCUGAAAGUGAAGGAACUGUGGCUCGCAUUGGCCCAGAGGACCGGGCAGCUAACUCAGCAAAAUCCUGGCCCAUUUUCUUGUUCUUUGCUGUUAUUCUUGGGGGUCCCUAUCUCAUCUGGAAGCUGCUCUCUACAUACAGUGAUGAAGAAACAGCGUCUAGUAACUGGGCAAACGGAGAUGAUGAUCAUGUAAUUGGAAGAGCAGAAUAUGACUUCACUGCUGUUUCAGAAGAAGAAAUUUCUUUUCGUGCUGGUGACAUGCUAAAAUUAGCACCCAAAGAACAACAACCCAAAGUACGUGGCUGGCUUUUGGCUAGUCGUGAUGGUCAAACAACAGGACUUGUGCCAGCUAAUUACAUCAAAAUAUUGGGUAAAAGAAGAGGUCGGAAAACAGUGGAGCUGGAAAUUAUUACAGAGCAGCAGCCGGCUUUUACCAACACAACACCUGUUAGAGGAGCCACUGAUGCGGAUACUUUAGAAGAGCAAGAAGCUGCCUUUGAAUCCGUUUUCGUUGAAAUGAAUAAGGUUCCCGUUACCUCUGACUCCACUGUGACAGGUGGAGAUAAACAGGAUCUGUGAUGCAUCUGGAUAAAAUUCAGUGAUUGAACUAUACUUAUCAAUAAUCCUUUUGAUAUUCUGAAAAUUGUAGAAGAACACUGUUAGGACUGUAUCAGGUAUCUCGCUGCUGGUAACGGGUGAACAGAUAACGAAAUAAUUUACCCAAACUUUAGUAGCAUGCUUGAUUCACUUAAAGUUGUACAUUUGUGGCCCUGCCCAGCAAACUAUUGGCAAUUGUGAGAUCUCAGGCUGGGGGGAGUUUUGUAGAGGCAACUGGGUAAGCCAAUGUGUUGCAUCUCUAGCAGCUCACUUUGGUCACUUGAAGGAAUAGUGCUGAUGAAUUCUAUAGGUAGCAGUGUCCAGUCCUCCUUACUGGAGAAAGAAUUGACUUGAUAUGAGGCCUUUGAGAGGGGGUGUUGAGAAGAAAAACUGAAGCAUUUCUAGCAGAGGCCUCCAAAAAUUAUAUAUUGAAGAGCCCUUAAAAUACUUCAUUUUUUGGCUGCUUUUUGGUAAAAUUAGUGCUUCCGCUACCGCAAAGAAAAAUGAAAGACUUCAGGCCUUUGUUAUAAAAAGGUGACUAUCUUAAGAAACAAGAUUAGCACUGUGAAGGAAGGUACAUUCAACUGGAGUUGUAAGCAGAUAAAUGCUGUUACCAGUGUUUAUUUGUCCUUUAUUCUAAUGUUGUUUUCAAGAAAGUAUAAGCCGUUUUCCCCACCACCAUUCUGGGAGCUUUUCCUCAUCAGAGGCCGGAGGACCACAUGUUUUAUUCUGAUUUAUAAUGCACAUGCUUUAGGCCCUAUGUAUCUUCCAGCCAAGCACGGUUAAGGAUGCUCAUUUUUUAUCAACAUCUCUCUAGGGCCUAGUGAGCUAAGUUAGCACAGCCACACUUCCAGGCAGGUAUAAUAGCGUAUCAAAUUCUAGUAAUUAUGUAUUUUAACAGCUACAUCUAAACUUCCCGUGUUUCAGUGCAAUUUCUUUUUGAACUUUUGUGAGAAAAUUCAGCCUGAUUUUAACACAGCAACAAUGCAUCACAGAGUGGAUAGGAAACAUCUGUGUUGCCAGUAAAUAGAUGGGGUUUUCUAUUGAUAAUCCCACAAAAUAGGAAACAAGAAGAAAGCUGCCCAUUUCAUUGUAUCAUCAUGGAGAUGGAUGAGUUAACUGCUACCUUGAUUGUUCCUGCUGCACUUCAGGCGUUAAAUCGGCAUUUCCCCAUAAAAUCUGAGGUACAUUGAGAACCACAAUUGCAUAAAGACUAUUAACAAAAUACAUUUUGUCUUCAAAUCUAUUUACUUUUGUGAGCUCUGUACUAAAGUCAUACUUUUCUGGGAAGUAAAGUUAAGUAAAGCUUCAGAUUCCUCUUUCGGGACUCACUCACAUUAAUAUUAGAUUUGAUUAACACAGAAUCAUUUUCAGUUCAGGCUGUAGUUCUUUUUGGAAUGCUCUUAUAUGCUGUGUUGAACCCUUCAAUGUUAGAACAGAUCAUACAGUUCUAAUGUACUACAGAAAAGGAAAAAUACUGAUAGCUGUGUAUUAAUAAAUCAUUUCAAUUAAGUAGCCUGUUUCUUAAAAACAAAAACCCACAGCAGCACCCAAGCUAGUUAAACUUGCAUACUUAUACUAGCUGUUCCUGGGGGAAUUCUGUGCCAAAAAAUUAAAAAUUCUGUGCACAAUAUUGCAAUAACACAAUAUAAUCACGCCGGUUUCAAUUAUUUUGGUAAUUUCUUUCAAAAGACCUGUCAGCAAGUAUGUUUGUAACAAUACAGACAACAGCAAAGAUUCAGGAAAUACUUUUUGACAAAUAGAUUCCUUACCAGGCAUAUGAAUACAUAACUUUCAGUAAUUCAUUUAACCUACAGAAAUGUAUUUCCCGCCCCCCUCAGAAGCGGUGCAAAGGUUUGGGAGGAGUCGGGGUAAUGGAGGAGCUGAGGGAGGGGAAAGUAAUUGCUGGGAAGGAGCUUGGGUGUGAACUUGGAGGGUUGUUGGGUGUGGGUGGGAAAAGUAUGGAAUGGAGGUUUUCUGGUCAGGGAGGGGUUGUUAGGGAGCCUUCCCCAUGCAGAUACUGGCUAACCCCUAGAUUCACUCAUUCAGUCUGUGACUCCCCACAACAGCCCCUUAUGCCCCAUGUUGUCUGGUCCCCAUAUCCUGGGCCUCCUGAGCUGGUCCCACGGAGAGGGCACUGUGAGGAAUGCAGCUUCUUCUCUUCCCUAUCCGCAGCUGGGGCUGCUCCCGCCCAGGAGCAGAUGCUCUCUGUCCUGGCGCACAGUGGCUCUGGGUAGGCGAAAAGUGUACGUGCAGGAUUUUUCAGCAGAAUGUAUUUUCAACUGAGAAAAAAAAAGUGUGUGGCAGAUGAAUUCUCCGUGUGUAGGAAUAAGUAGCAUAAUGGAUUUUUGGUAGUUUUAAUUCAUGUUUCUAUAGAGAUCUUCAACAUCAAUUUCCAUUGCAAGCUUCAUUAAUAUGUUUAUAUUUUUUAGUGCAUUUGCUAGAGUUAGUACUUAGGCAACUUGUGGUGAACAGAAUUGCUAAGGUUUAGACAAAACCGUUACAACAAGCUAUUGCUAACCUCAGUUUGGUUAGUAGUCUAAGUGGCUGGUAUACUUGAGCCCUGGAUUUUAGAAUAACCUCUGGACUCUUGCUGUGUACAAUGGCAAGGUUAGGAGCAUAGGAGAUAGGGCCCUGGCUCCUGGGGGACAGUGUAGUGAAGCAUUUUUGCUACUGCUUGCUCAGUAAGAUUAUAUGUAGCUGCUCUGGGAGAGGGAAAGGAAAAAAACAGCCCACAGUGAAGGGGUGAAUGAAAAACUCUUUGAACUACAUUUGAACCAGUACACGUUUCUGAGAAACUUUUCUCAACAUGCCAAUGCACCAGAUGAGGGAUUAACUGGAAUUUGGAUGGGACUCCCUCUGCUGCAGAAACAGAAAGGAAACUGAGGACUAGGAUGUACAUUAAGAUUGUUAGAAAACUUUACAUCAAAUGUUCAGUUUCUGCCCACAUGCUUUGUUCCUGAUGGGUUUAAUUAUUUUACUAUUGGAGUAUCAAUCUUUCUUGUAUCAAUAAAGAAUUUUAACUGGAGCAGUAGUCUCUUAAAAGAAUAAAGCUUUUUUUAAAAUGUCUGUUAAAUCAGGCUUCUACUUUCCUAAUCAAGACUGGAUUGGAAAACACUGUCAGUUGAACAUUAAUUAGAACCUUUAAAUCUCAUUAAUUUGUAAUAAAGACAUAGUUAAAUUUCA